GCCAAAGUCCCCUACUGUAUGCCGUGCUCGGCGUCUACUGGCUCUCUCUUCCUCUAUUACCCUCACUCUCUCUUCCCCAGAAUUCUCACCUCUUUUUGGCCCGUUGAUUUUUAUGAUUUUACUUUUCCCACAAACAUUUUAUUCUUGGAUUUGACUCUGCCACUGCAUGCUGCGAAUCAUCCCCCCAAAAGACAAUUCAUCGAGUCAGCCAUCUCUUUCCCUUUCAAUUGCGCCUGACUGUCGUCAGGAGUCGCUUUGUUCGAGUCAAUCCUCUUCAGAGACCCUCAAAGUGUCGCAUUCGCGUUUUUGCUCCUGCGUCCUGCAUCCAUCCUGUCAGUGCAUCCCUCUGACGCUGUCCUGCCCUCCGUCACUUGUCUGUUUUCUUUCCCUAUUUCUUUUUUAUUUAUUCAUUUUUACCCUUAAUCUUAUUUUUCAUUUAAAUCCUUUUUCUAGUUUUUUUUAUUUUUUAUUCUAUUCUUUCCGCCCCCUUCUCCCUGCUUUAAUUUAUUUCUCCCAGACUUCUUCAUCUCCCCCCAUACCUGUUCCGGAAUAGCUAGCUGGUGAACAACUCCUCUGACUGAAGGAUGGGUCUCCAGCGCAGCUAAAUAACGACCCUGGACCCUCCACAAUUACACUUGCACACUCGCAUUGCACCGUUUAUCCAGGCCCAUCAUCGCCAGGCCCCCUUCCUUUCCCACCUUCACCCCCCUCCCCUCCCCCGGUUCAGAACCACACGGACCAACGAGCCACUACCGUUACCCUUCAGCCUCUCAUUAGCUUUCCUUUUCAUAAG